GGUAUCGUCAGAGUCAUCGGUUUUAUGUCAGAAAGGAAUAUCAUGAUCUGCACGCAAAGCAUAUUGAGCUGCUAAAAAGUUACCAGAUUGCAUAUAGAGAAGAUCCAGCUUUGCCAGACAUGCAGCUAGUACAGUCCCCCGCAGCCCCGACCCCAGGCCCAGCCUCAAGGCUCCAAGAGCCCGCUACCAACAGGGUCAUAGUCGCUCGGACUAUCAGCAAGCCCUUACCAUCCAGUUCCACUCCGUCCUCAUCGACAUCGCCAUCGACCUCAUCCUCGGCCUCGUCCUCGGCCUCGUGGCGGUCUGGCAACAGCCCUGCCUUCUCUCUCAUGGCCACCGAUCCAGGGGCGCCCAAGGCAGACCAUGUGGUCUCCUCCACCGGGAUCCUGUGCGCCGUGUGCGGGGAUCAAGCCACGGGACGUUAUUUUGGGGCCCAAAUCUGUGAGGCAUGCAAGAGCUUCUUCAUCAGAAGCACGAGGAAAGGAGAGCCUACCUUCCGAUGCGUCAACAACCAGAGCUGCCCCAUCACCCCCUACUCUAGGUUGCUCUGUCAGUUCUGCCGCUACCAGAACUGCAUGAAGGCCGGAAUGGGCCGCAAAGCCAAACAGCCCAGUAAAGAUUUAGCCAAGGACCAAGUGCCAUGUAAAGUGUGUGGGGAUGUUUCGUCGGGUAUUCAUUUUGGAGUGUAUACGUGUGAAGGAUGUAAGGGCUUCUUUAGGAGGAGUCUUCGCGACAGGAACACCUACAGCUGUUCAGGGAAGGAGGAGUGCAUCAUAACGCCUGUCACACGUAACCAUUGUCGCUACUGCCGCUUCAAGAAGUGCCUCAGGGUCGGCAUGUCAAGGGCCUGUAUCAAGUUGGGAAGACACCAGAAGUAUACUACGCAUCUCGUUGAAGAUGGGAGCAACUCUAUAAACACAGCAGCUCAUCCAUCUUUGUGGACAAAUGGAGGGAGGCAAUCAACUCCUGAAGCUGAACCCGGUGAACAAAGUACAUUCUGUAAAGAGGACAGUGAUAAGGUCCCUCCAAGGGGUGUUGAUUAUCAGACAGAGCAGGACCAUGAGAACAGAGUCCGGAAGGUCUUCAAGCAGGAAGGUGGUUCCAGUGCUGCCCCAGCUCUGAGGGAGAUGCUCAAGAGGUCAUCCUUACCGGACCAAAGGAGAGAACCUAGUCCAUCCCAUAGCAAGGUUAUCCCCAAUCAAUCUCUAGAACAGCUAAGCGCGUUGCCGAGCAACUAUUGUUUCCAGUACACCCUGCAGAACUCAGCUUCACCUGCCACAUUAAUCGACCCUCCAGAAGCUUCCGUUGCACCCUCAAGGUGCGAAAGCAAUCAUCAUGCUAAGGAGUCCGCUUCAAGCAGUCCAAACAAUGUUUCCUUGGGCCAAUCUCUGCCCCAAUCGCUCAAUGUAACAAACAAUGUCUGGGAAAGUCAGAAUUUACAUGAAAAUACAGGUAUUCCGUCACAGGGUGAGAGAGACACACCUUCAACCGCCAGUUCCAAGACAAAUUCAUUUGGACACUCUCCAUCAGGGGACAUAGUGCUUAUCAAGAAGGAAGCAUUAGAUACCUGUGUAUAUGCUCCCUGCCAUGCAAACAUCGAUAGUCUAAACUGUUCCCCUUUAAGAGAAGAUGUGCCUAUUAGUAUCAACGAUGAAGAAGUAGUUGUCAUGGAUACUGCCAGUAGGGCUAGGAUUGACAGCUUUGUCAACAAUCUCAUUCCUGCAUCCGCUGAUUCGCCUGAACCCGAUGUAGUGGAGGUGUUUAGUAAUGUAGUGAAGAGAAAAAGCCCAGAAAACAAUGGCUGUAUCCUUCAGGAAACUCAAAUGACAUCUUUGGGAAAUGAUACAAGAGACGAUUUCCAAACAACUGUGUGCAUGAGUCCUGCAGAAUCUGAGGUGUGUAUAGUAUCUGGUAUCUCUCCCAGCCAUAGUCCUAGUGCAUCUUGGUAUCCAGCUGCCGAGACCCAGACAGCAAGUACCGCGAUCCCUGGUUCCUCUAAUGCACCUCCUGCAGCAUUGCCAACUCUUCCAUUUGACCAGUACGAACAACAACAACCAGACGAAUCAUCAGACAUAUCCGAAGCAGUCCCCACUAUGUCGCAAGUACUUGUCACAUCCGCUCCGGGCACUUCAUCAAAACGUGCUUUGGAGGACGUUGACUAUUCUCUUGCAGAGGCCAAUUCACCCCAGUCCAUCCUUUCCCAAAGUUCACCUUUAUCUGUUGGACAUUCUCCCAGCUCCGUUAUUGAGAGUCACUGGAAGGAACAAGCCCAGAACAGCCAGGCUCUGCUGCCUUGCGACAGGCUCUACACCUCUCUGUACCCUGGUUAUGUGUCUCCCAAUGUGUCCGCCAAUGUUGCCCGUAAUGUGGCCUUGAUCUGCCACAACCUCCUGCAAAAGGUGAAGAAUGGCCUUCUGACCGACCGAGUGUUGUCCAGUCAGAGCGAGAUGGACCUGAUGAAGCACACCAGUGAUCUUGGAGCCCUGGAGAGAGACAGCAUCCUGUUUGAUCUGACACGUAGCAUGACUGGAUACUCUGCCGUUAUGAGGUCACUGCUUCUCAAUGAAAGCUUGCAAGAAGCUUCAGAAUAUUUAUCACAGCACAGGGACUACAAUAACGGCGUUCACUGGGACAAAUUCCAUGAGACUAUCAGUAUGAAGAUCAUAGCGAGCGUUCAGUAUAUUAAGAAGAUACCAGGUUUUCCGUCGAUCCACAUGAACGACCGCCUGUACCUGAUCAAGCACAGCGUGUUCCCCAUCAUCCUGGUGCACAAGGCGUGGAAGAUGGGCCAGGAGUGGAAGUGGAUGGAGGACACCUUCUACACCAACAUCUUCCUGCGCAGGAUCGCAGACGGCUUCCGGGACAUGACGUACUCCUUCGUCAACCAGUUCAACCUGGCUAGCUUUGAUAGCAUCGAGGUGGCGCUGCUCAUGAUCCUGGUGGUUCUCAAUCCAGAUUUGGAAGGCUUAGAGAACAGGCAGGCUGUUCUCAAACUUCACAAGGACUAUCGCACAAUUUUCCAAAAAUACUGCCAUGAGACGCAUGGCAAGUUGGACAACUACUUGAUCAUGUUGCAGUUUGUGCCUUACCUCGCCAAAAUCGACCUCGUCCACAAGCGAUGUAUACGUCAGUGUGAACAGCAGUCCGUCGUUUCCAUGCCGGCUCUCUUUGCCGAAAUCAACCUGUCGUAAUACAGUCAAACCUGGUUUAGGGAUCACCCAUCUCCAAAGACCACCUUUUUUGUUUCCCUUGAAAAUGGUUUCUCAUUGAAUCAUGUACUAAAAGAACCUGUCUACAAAGACCACUUUUCUUGUCUCCCUUGGGUGGACUUUAUAGACAGGUUUCACUGUUGGGAAUUGAGUUGUUCAGGAAACAAGGCGAUGGCAAAGAUCAUUGUAGACAUCAUUGUGAACAACAGUCCAAGAUCUUCAUGCCCGUCAGAGUUGCAGAAAUAACUUUCAUGUUGUAGUUUAAGGGAGAAGGUCGAGUUCUGGGAGAGGUUUUUAACAAAAUAGAUUUGUAAACUUUUCAUUUUUUUAACGCUAGUGCGGAAAAGUAACGUAGAAAAAAUGUCCCCUGAAAAGGAUGGCAGGUAACGGCUAAAGGUUGUGGACCACAAGUUUCAUUCCGCAUGUUUGUGUAGUCCCAUAUACACAUUUCUGUGUACAUUGCAUAUGACCCUCAGCAAAACCGAGCAAAUUACUUAUGAUUUUGAGGAUUCCACAACCUAACGGCAUACUCUAAAUGCUUAUCUGCUACAUGAUUAGCCUUUUCCAAUCGCUUCAACACUUUUUUUUGUCACAAUGCAAUCACAUAACUGGAAGCUGAUGCGGAAAAUCGGAUUACGGUACAACAAACACUUUGGCCACCCAAUGUGUGCAUGCAACUCUCUCUUUGCCCAUGCAACUCUCUCUUUGCCCAGAUGAGCUUAUUAUCCCAGUUGGAAAACAGCCUGAUAUAAAAACUGAGCGCGAGCAAAUUAAUAUCAUUGCAUUUGCUAUUUUGAAUACUGGUAGUUGACCAUCUCUUUGCAUUCUGACUUUGCAGAAGUAAAAUAUCACAGUGUAGUUAGGCUUUGAGCUGAUAGGGAAAUCAGGUGACAACAUGCCGUUUUGUUUUAAAGCCUGUCUGCACUACUUGUAGCUAGUUGCGCCCUCUAUAUAGCAAAAAAUGCCUAAGCGGUACCCGUUGGUCCCCCAUAAUCCCCCUUU